UGGCCAAAAUGGGGACAAAUAGUGAUGAAAGACGUGAGCCUUCAGUACGAAGGAAGCGAUUCUCGAGUUCUUCAUAACUUAAAUCUUGUCAUAAAAGGCGGACAAACCAUAGGAAUAGUCGGCCGAACCGGUGCCGGAAAGUCAUCCAUAAUCGCCACUCUAUUCCGUAUGACUCAGCCCUCGGGUCUCAUCGAAAUCGAUGGCAUCGACACCUCAUCCAUGAGUUUAUCUCAUUUGCGGCGAAACAUAUCAAUCAUACCUCAGGAACCGAUUCUCUUCACAGAAACGGUUCGCAAAAAUCUCGAUCCGUUCGGUGAAUGUGCGGACGAUUUGCUUUGGGAAGUGUUGGCCAAAGUGCAGCUCAAGUCCACUAUCACUGCAUUUCCCCACAAAUUGGAUCAAUUGGUGUCUGAAAGUGGCGGCAGUUUUAGUGUCGGACAGAAACAACUCAUUUGUUUGGCUCGAGCUAUACUCAGGAAUAAUAAGAUCCUUGUGUUGGACGAGGCGACCGCUAAUGUGGACCCGAGAACCGAUGCCUUGAUUCAGGAGACCAUCAGAAAUGAGUUCAAUUCGUGUACUGUAUUGACAAUCGCUCACAGAUUGCAUACAAUCAUGGAUUACGACAAAGUGCUGGUCUUGGAUGCGGGACUCAUCGCUCAGUUCGACAGCCCCUACAGUCUGUGUGAAGAUAGGGACGGCAUAUUCGCUCACAUGUUGGAAACGACCGGCAAAUCAAUGGAACAACACUUGAGACAAAUCGCUGCCAACGCUUACCAUCAAAAACAUACCAAACAUUGA